AUUAUUAUUUGUUUCGUUCUAAAAUUUCAAACUUCAAAAAAAGCAAUUAAAUAUAAAUCAUAUUAUGGUAUAAUCAGGUUAGAUGAUGUUAAGAGGAUUGAAAGGGUUAACUUAACACUGCGGCCAAUAAUUACUUCUAUUUUUCCCUCAUGUUUGUCCGCUACGAUUUGAACUAUCCUAUGAUAAUGUUUUGUUUUGUUUUAACCUAGCAACUAUUGUCCAUUGAUAGUUAUUUUUCUUUCAAUCCAUUUCAUUACUAUGCUUGUGAAAAUGUAUACAUUUGCUGUCUGGAAACGUUUACCAUCUUUGACUUUACAGCUUUCUUCAGCCACACAUCUAAACAAGGUAUUUUACAAUUCCAACAUGGAAGAGAAUUGGAAAAAGGCUACUUCAGUGUAUGACUUUACAGUCAGAGACAUCAAAGGAACUGAAGUUUUAAUGGAAAAAUACAAGGGUUUAGUGUUAAUCAUUGUAAAUGUUGCAUCCAAAUGUAACUAUGCUUCCAAACAUUAUAAAGAACUCAAUGAGUUGGAUGAAAAGUAUCGUGAAAGAGGACUAAGAAUUCUUGCUUUUCCAUGUAACCAGUUUGGGGGCCAGGAACCCGGCGACAGUGAAGAAAUAUGUAGUUUUGCUGAAAAGAAAAGUGUUAAAUUUGAUUUAUUUGAAAAAGUCAACGUUAACGGCAAUGAAGCACAUCCAUUAUGGAAGUAUUUAAAAGAAAAACAAGGCGGUGCAAUAUUAGAUGCUAUUAAGUGGAACUUUACAAAAUUUAUUGUUGACAAAAAUGGACAACCUGUAGAGAGACAUGCUGCUAAUGUUAGCCCACUGGGACUGGAAGAAAGUUUGGAAAAAUAUUUGUGAGAUAAAGAUUUUCCUACGCUAUUCUUAAUAGUCCACAAAAUAUAGUUAUCUAAAUAUUUUCUAUGUCAAACUAUACACAUUAUUUUAAAUGUGCAAGUAUACUUCUAUUAUAAAAACAGUUUUCUUUGUACAAAAAAAAAAUGAAUUGUAUUUGUUCACUUUUUAAAUAUUUUUAAUAUUAUACAAUUUGUGCUAUUUUUAAACUUUUGUACCAAAAGUUUUUUCUUACAGCUGUUAAAAGAUUUCUAUAUUUUUCCAAUAUGUAUUGUUAUUUAUUAUUAGUAUAUUUUUGUUUUGAUUAAACUGGUUUUAAAUUGC